AUGACGCCAGCUCCAGCUCCAACGCCGGCACAGAAACAGAAGCAAGAAAAAAUCCGUGCAGAUUUACAAAAAGAGCUUGAUAAUGUUGUCAAGGCAGCUAUUGCUUCGCCACAUUCGAAACGAGAGAAUGUCCCUAGUGAAAUUACUCAAAAUCUCUGUAACUCCAUCGAGGCUAUAUUUAUUCAUGGAUUGCGCGAUCCUUUCUUCUUAAAAGGGACACGAUAUGCAAAGUAUCCUGAACCUAAUUUUUGGCCAUUCGUUUCCAAAUUCUCCCAUCGAUCGAUCACCAAUCAAAUCGCGUGUUUAGGACAAGUUCGUACCGAAAUCGGCAAAGGUAGGGCUUGGAUUCGAAUAGUUCUGAACGAGAAUGCACUGAGUCAAUAUCUGGACUUGUUAUCCACAGAAACUACUGCUAUUCAGCAAUUCUAUUCUGAAGACGCGUUCCUAAGGCUUCUAUUCCACUCUGACCAUUCGGAACGAAUCCGAGGCUUUUUAAAACCUCUAACCUCACUUCCUAUAUCUGCUGCAACGAAUUCUUCAUUUCUCAAUACAUGGACACCAACUCCACUAAUUUUAGCCGGAUUAAUGGCUGGUGAACCUUUGAAAGUCGGUGUUUUGAAAGCCCGUCCAAAUCCAAAACCAGCUCACUUGACGGAAGACAUUGCAUUUGUAGCUAUUGAUGCACUUGUUUCUGAAGAAGAUCAAGAAAUUGGAUCGCCUUCUUAUAUUGAAAGACAAAAAAGGAAGUCUCUAGCAAGGCCAAUUAGAAAAUCCGUAAACGACAAUCACUCGGAUACUUCAUCCGUUUACUCACAUCCUUCAAUGUUGGAUUCUGGGGAGAUGACCUAUCAACACGCAGUUGUUGGUAGUCUGAAACGAGAUCCGGCGUCUUCUGGAAAUCUUCGUCGGGCGCCGUCCAAUCAACGGCUUCUGCUUCCCCAAUCUCCUCUGUUCUCUUCGACACCCGUGGAUACCACAAUUCUAGACCAAGUGAAAACUCGCAAGAGAACGAAUUCUGAUUUUGAGCAAGUCGUUGGAGCAGUGGCUCCAGAUGCACCGGCCGAUUAUCAACCAAUAAUCGUUUCUAGAAGAGUUAGGAGACCGUCAAAUCGAAAAUCCGAUUCGAGAAGCUCGAGUGGAUCAACAUCUAAAGAUAGUUAUCAUAGAACAAAAGCCAUUCCCACGCGAGAUUCCAGAGCAAAUAGUGAUCUGCCAUCAACAAUUUUUGGAACUGUGCCCAAUGAUGUAGCAUUUUCCCCAGAAGCUGAAGAACUUAAGAUUCGAUCGAAACCAAUUUCUGCCACUAUUGAUAGCGGGAUUGCCGAGAUGGCUGCUGCAUCUACAUGCAAUACAAGGGCAACAUCAGAAGUUGAACCAGAUCUUCUUGGGGAAGAAACUGGACUUGAAGAAAGAUCUUUGUCGUUUAUCGAGGCUUUGCACGAAUUAGAGACAACCGUCGAAGAAAGUGUUCUAGCACCCCGGAGUGUAUCGCUCACUGAUAACUUUUUGGAUCAAAAGUUGAAAGAAAACAAUAAAACGGAAGACGAUGAAGAAGUUUUCGAUGUCUCUAUGGAUCCAGAAGAAGGAACCUCCACGAGGCUACCAUCUGAGCCUCUCGUCACUCGAAGCAAACCUGUCACGAUACAAACUGGAAGUCGACGACAAUUAAUACACAGGAGACAACAAAAGGUUUGUUCAGACACCUCGUUUUCCCGGAAAAUUUUUGUCUUUUUUGCUCCUGUCGUUAUGACAUGUUGCUCUGUUAUCAAAGCCUUGUUUCUAGGUCGUGUGACCUUCUCCAGAUAA